CGCCGCUGGCUGCCAAGCUGUUCUGCGGCUGGGACUUCGGCAUCGCGUCGCCGCGCGGCGCCGCACGCGCCGCGCACGCCUUGUUCCUGGAGUUCAAGGUGCCCGUGCAUUCUACUUUGUAACAGGAGUUGCUGAACGAGCAAAACAAGCACCAGAUGCCGACGUCGCUGUGGGUGCGCGUGUGGCGGCGCACCACCAACGUGCUGGUGACGGCGCUGGUGCUGGCGGCCACGGCGGGCGUGCAGUUCGGACUGUGGCGGCUGUUGGCGGCGCGGCCGGUGGCGGGCCACAGGGAGAUAUACAUAUCGCUGGCCGUGACCGCGGUCGCGGCCGCGUGCCCCGUGCUGCUUAGUUUUAUAGCUGGAGCACUACUCGGCGCGGACGGGCUUCUACGUGACGCUGGCGCGCACGUGGCUGCUGGACAUCGGCACGCUGCUCAUGCUGCUGGCGUACUGGGCGCGCUCCGCGGACGCGUGCUGGGAGACGCGCGUGGGGCAGGAGGGCUACCGGCUGGUGGCGCUGGACGCGCUGCUGUCGCUGCUGCUGAUCCCCGGCGCGGAGGUCGCGCGCGGAGUGCUCUACAAGUUAGUGUUACAUGCUGUCACCACGUGGUGCGUGUAGCGAGUGUCGUGUGCGCAGUGCUGGGAGACGCGCGUGGGGCAGGAGGGCUACCGGCUGGUGGCGCUGGACGCGCUGCUGUCGCUGCUGCUGAUCCCCGGCGCGGAGGUCGCGCGCGGAGUGCUCUACAAGUUAGUGUUACAUGCUGUCACCACGUGGUGCGUGUAGCGAGUGUCGUGUGCGCAGUGCUGGGAGACGCGCGUGGGGCAGGAGGGCUACCGGCUGGUGGCGCUGGACGCGCUGCUGUCGCUGCUGCUGAUCCCCGGCGCGGAGGUCGCGCGCGGAGUGCUCUACAAGUUAGUGUUACAUGCUGUCACCACGUGGUGCGUGUAGCGAGUGUCGUGUGCGCAGUGCUGGGAGACGCGCGUGGGGCAGGAGGGCUACCGGCUGGUGGCGCUGGACGCGCUGCUGUCGCUGCUGCUGAUCCCCGGCGCGGAGGUCGCGCGCGGAGUGCUCUACAAGUUAGUGUUACAUGCUGUCACCACGUGGUGCGUGUAGCGAGUGUCGUGUGCGCAGUGCUGGGAGACGCGCGUGGGGCAGGAGGGCUACCGGCUGGUGGCGCUGGACGCGCUGCUGUCGCUGCUGCUGAUCCCCGGCGCGGAGGUCGCGCGCGGAGUGCUCUACAAGUUAGUGUUACAUGCUGUCACCACGUGGUGCGUGUAGCGAGUGUCGUGUGCGCAGUGCUGGGAGACGCGCGUGGGGCAGGAGGGCUACCGGCUGGUGGCGCUGGACGCGCUGCUGUCGCUGCUGCUGAUCCCCGGCGCGGAGGUCGCGCGCGGAGUGCUCUACAAGUUAGUGUUACAUGCUGUCACCACGUGGUGCGUGUAGCGAGUGUCGUGUGCGCAGUGCUGGGAGACGCGCGUGGGGCAGGAGGGCUACCGGCUGGUGGCGCUGGACGCGCUGCUGUCGCUGCUGCUGAUCCCCGGCGCGGAGGUCGCGCGCGGAGUGCUCUACAAGUUAGUGUUACAUGCUGUCACCACGUGGUGCAUGUAGCGAGUGUCGUGUGCGCAGUGCUGGGAGACGCGCGUGGGGCAGGAGGGCUACCGGCUGGUGGCGCUGGACGCGCUGCUGUCGCUGCUGCUGAUCCCCGGCGCGGAGGUCGCGCGCGGAGUGCUCUACAAGUUAGUGUUACAUGCUGUCACCACGUGGUGCGUGUAGCGAGUGUCGUGUGCGCAGUGCUGGGAGACGCGCGUGGGGCAGGAGGGCUACCGGCUGGUGGCGCUGGACGCGCUGCUGUCGCUGCUGCUGAUCCCCGGCGCGGAGGUCGCGCGCGGAGUGCUCUACAAGUUAGUGUUACAUGCUGUCACCACGUGGUGCGUGUAGCGAGUGUCGUGUGCGCAGUGCUGGGAGACGCGCGUGGGGCAGGAGGGCUACCGGCUGGUGGCGCUGGACGCGCUGCUGUCGCUGCUGCUGAUCCCCGGCGCGGAGGUCGCGCGCGGAGUGCUCUACAAGUUAGUGUUACAUGCUGUCACCACGUGGUGCGUGUAGCGAGUGUCGUGUGCGCAGUGCUGGGAGACGCGCGUGGGGCAGGAGGGCUACCGGCUGGUGGCGCUGGACGCGCUGCUGUCGCUGCUGCUGAUCCCCGGCGCGGAGGUCGCGCGCGGAGUGCUCUACAAGUUAGUGUUACAUGCUGUCACCACGUGGUGCGUGUAGCGAGUGUCGUGUGCGCAGUGCUGGGAGACGCGCGUGGGGCAGGAGGGCUACCGGCUGGUGGCGCUGGACGCGCUGCUGUCGCUGCUGCUGAUCCCCGGCGCGGAGGUCGCGCGCGGAGUGCUCUACAAGUUAGUGUUACAUGCUGUCACCACGUGGUGCGUGUAGCGAGUGUCGUGUGCGCAGUGCUGGGAGACGCGCGUGGGGCAGGAGGGCUACCGGCUGGUGGCGCUGGACGCGCUGCUGUCGCUGCUGCUGAUCCCCGGCGCGGAGGUCGCGCGCGGAGUGCUCUACAAGUUAGUGUUACAUGCUGUCACCACGUGGUGCGUGUAGCGAGUGUCGUGUGCGCAGUGCUGGGAGACGCGCGUGGGGCAGGAGGGCUACCGGCUGGUGGCGCUGGACGCGCUGCUGUCGCUGCUGCUGAUCCCCGGCGCGGAGGUCGCGCGCGGAGUGCUCUACAAGUUAGUGUUACAUGCUGUCACCACGUGGUGCGUGUAGCGAGUGUCGUGUGCGCAGUGCUGGGAGACGCGCGUGGGGCAGGAGGGCUACCGGCUGGUGGCGCUGGACGCGCUGCUGUCGCUGCUGCUGAUCCCCGGCGCGGAGGUCGCGCGCGGAGUGCUCUACAAGUUAGUGUUACAUGCUGUCACCACGUGGUGCAUGUAGCGAGUGUCGUGUGCGCAGUGCUGGGAGACGCGCGUGGGGCAGGAGGGCUACCGGCUGGUGGCGCUGGACGCGCUGCUGUCGCUGCUGCUGAUCCCCGGCGCGGAGGUCGCGCGCGGAGUGCUCUACAAGUUAGUGUUACAUGCUGUCACCACGUGGUGCGUGUAGCGAGUGUCGUGUGCGCAGUGCUGGGAGACGCGCGUGGGGCAGGAGGGCUACCGGCUGGUGGCGCUGGACGCGCUGCUGUCGCUGCUGCUGAUCCCCGGCGCGGAGGUCGCGCGCGGAGUGCUCUACAAGUUAGUGUUACAUGCUGUCACCACGUGGUGCGUGUAGCGAGUGUCGUGUGCGCAGUGCUGGGAGACGCGCGUGGGGCAGGAGGGCUACCGGCUGGUGGCGCUGGACGCGCUGCUGUCGCUGCUGCUGAUCCCCGGCGCGGAGGUCGCGCGCGGAGUGCUCUACAAGUGGAAGCUGCUGGGCGGCGCGCCCGCCUUCGACAUCACGUACAACUCGCUGACGCUGAUCUACAACCAGGCCGUGCUGUGGCUGGGCGCGCUGUUCGCGCCGCUGCUGGUGCCGGCCGUGACGCUCAAGCUGCUGCUGCUGUUCUACGUCAAGCGCGAGACGGCGCUGCGCACGUGCCACGCCGGCAAGAAGGUGUGGCGCGCGGCGCAGACGCAGACCGUGCUGUACAUGCUGGUGACGCUGUCGCUGUUCGCGACGCUCUUCGCCAUCGGCUCGCUGUUCUUAAGGUCGUCGUCGCGGUCGUGUGGCCCGUUUCGACAGUACGAGCACGUGUUCGAGAUCGUCAGCGAGGGCCUGCUGCAGCUGUCGCGCCACGACACGCUGCGCGCCGCGCUGCACUUCGUCGUGCGGCCCGGCCCCAUCGCCUUCGUGCUGCUGGCGCUGUGCGUGUGCGUGUACAUCGUGCGCGCGCGCGCCGCGGCGCAGCGCUCCAUGGCGCGCCUGCUGCGCCAGAUGCUGCGGCUGCAGGCCAAGGACAAGGACUUCCUGCUGGCCGCCAUCGAGAAGGUGUCCAACGGAGAAUGGCUGUACAGCCCCAAGGCGGAGGCGCAGGCGGCGGACAGCCACACGUGGAGGUACCUGCACGAGGUGCGGCGCCCCUCCAACGCGGCCUUCCACUUCGACGCGUCGCGCCUCUCGCACGCCUUCCAGCGCCCCGAGUCCCUCGCGCCGGAGCCGCGGCCGCGCUCGCGCCGCCCGCGCCGACGACGGCGACACCGACAGCUCCUUCAGCUGGCAGGGCUCCAGCUCCUGCCUCAACCGCAGCGACGACGCCCACGGGGAGAGCUAGCCUUGCGGGCGAGGAGGGCGCGUCGGCGCACUGUGACCGGCGGCUUCCACUUCGACGCGUCGCGCCUCUCGCACGCCUUCCAGCGCCCCGAGCCCCUCGCGCCGGAGCCGCGGCCGCGCUCGCGCCGCGCCGACGACGGCGACACCGACAGCUCCUUCAGCUGGCAGGGCUCCAGCUCCCGCCUCAACCGCAGCGACGGCGCCCACGGGGAGAGCUAGCCUUGCGGGCGAGGAGGGCGCGUCGGCGCACUGUGACCGGCGGCUUCCACUUCGACGCGUCGCGCCUCUCGCACGCCUUCCAGCGCCCCGAGCCCCUCGCGCCGGAGCUGCGGCCGCGCUCGCGCCGCGCCGACGACGGCGACACCGACAGCUCCUUCAGCUGGCAGGGCUCCAGCUCCCGCCUCAACCGCAGCGACGGCGCCCACGGGGAGAGCUAACCUUGCGGGCGAGGAGGCCGCGUCGGCGCACUGUGACCGGAGGCUUUGAUCUGCGCCUGCGGCCGCGAGACGUGUUGUGCAGUGCCACCGACUUAUCUGUCCAAUAUUCACUGAAAAAUAUAUUUUUCAUCAUAUUCAAUAAAAAAUACAUCUUAUCAAACGAUAACAUACCGAAUCGAGUGUUCUGAAUCGACCGGCAGGUGACAGCGGCGCUAGUGGAGAAUUUGGUACUAUUUAAAAAACUCGCCUAAAAUAGUUUAAACAUAGCGAGGCUUCAAUAUUUAUAGGAAUAAUUAUAUUGCAAUACUAGUACACGCCCGCGCCUCGUCCGCGGGGAUUGCGAAAUGGCGAAGCGUAAGUUGGUGGCACGGCAGCGCGUCUCAUUGUGACAUUUACAUCUCACCAACGUCGAUACAAUUUCGAGCGUCCAAACACUUCGAUGGUAAAAUAAAACGGAUCUCAUGAAGUCGUUUGUCUUUCACACUCGGGGGCUGAACUGCGUCGUUGUAGAGCUCGAGUUAGUCCGUGCGACUCGAGUCGGUGCCUCGAGCGGUAUAACCUUGUCAUAUUAAGAUCGCUGAUACAGAUUUUUUGACUAAAUUUAAGACUCGUAAGUCCAUUUUACUCUGACGUUAUUGUAUCCGAAUCACUGGAACUCUGUCACGUUUGUGGGAUGUAAUAUUGCAUCCUGAACCCACUUGUAUGAUGUAUCAAAGGUAUAAAAUACUAAAACAGAAAGCUUGUGAUUUUACUGGUUGUAUUUUAAAAAUGCGAUUCCAAAAAAACUCGUCCAGAAAAUUGCGAUUGAAUGUACGAAAUGUAUUUAUAUUUAAAUCUAUAGGUAGUCUGAUAAUACGACCCGAGCGAGCAAAGGAUUCUGUAGCACAAUCAUAUAGCAGAGUAGCACAUGCUGAUUCUAACUUAGAAUAGCUAUGAGUGAUUCUAAGUUAGAAUCCUGAGUAGUGAGGGAUUCAAAGGUACAAGAAACGAAAAACAGUGCUAUGGUGUGAUACAUAGAACUUUUCACCUCAAUAGCGAAAAAUACAAGAUGUAAGAAAACAAUUAAUUUUAUUGUUCCGUCAUUUUUUUCUUCUUUUUUGGCCUGCGUUCGGAUUGCGUCAUUCAUAAAUUAAAUACAUAAUAUGAAAAUAAAAAUAUUAAGUAAUUUUUGUUGAUUUACGAAAUAACAGCCUUAAAAACACGAAGAGUCAAUAGUUUAAAUAAUAAGUACAGUACAAAGUUUAAAAAGUGUUUAAGAAAUAAAAUAUUGGGGUACAUAUAGCUAAGUACAAUAUUAUUAUAACAAUGUUUCCGAACGUUUCUCGAGACAAUGAAUUGAAGAAAUGCUAAUCCAGAGCGUUUUAAAUUCAAAACACUUUUCCUCAGUCGGUGAGCAAAAAUAACUUUUGUUCACUGGUUUUAGGCAGCAAAGGCGCCAUUUUUGAGCUAGUGAGGUGAAAAAAAUAAGAUGCUCCAAAUAACAAUUUGUCAAUUAAAAUGUUCGUGACAGAACAUUGAUAUAUAUCCGUAGAACUGUGAAGGAGAAUGUUUCGUCGUCAAAAUAUAGAAGCGAAUUAAGCUUCCCUACCUCGUAAACGUGCUACUCGCUCGCGGCUCUGGCGAGUGGCGAGUGGCGAGUGGCGACAUUAACGAACGAAACCAACUCGAUCACUUUAUUUUUAUUAAAGUCAGUUUAUGAUAUUUAAUUUGCGUCAAAUUUUAUGAGAAAACUUUGAUAAAAUAUGUUGAAGGUAGGUACCUAUUUUAUAAUUAGAUGUGUAUAGUAAAAUAAUCAAAUUACACAUUUAGAUUGUAAAUAAAUGAUAUAGUCAGUACAUGUCUUCCUGUGAUUCCAAAUCAAUAUUAAGCGUUCAAAUGAACUGUUGUAUAACAAUAUGUAUACAGUGACAAAGUGGACCAAUGAUUGUACUUUGUAGGAUUCAGUAUCGCCCUUCGUGCCAAACGAUAUACUAUGUAAGUGCCGAGACUAAGCAUAGCGAGACUAGAUGUGGAAUGAGGAUUAAAGCCACUUUUGACUAUAAACAACUAUUGUAUGGAUUUUGUAUUAUUUAUAGCAGAAAUAUAAAUUUCUAUCUGAAUUUUUUAUUCAAGAGACUAUCAAACUAAUUUUUUACUAUGUAAUAAUAUACCUUUAAAUUAAGAAAUAAUAAAAAGUAGGUACCCUUUUAUUACUUCUGGUGAUCCCAUGUCUUUAUGUAUUUUUAUAGAAACUUAAAGAAUUUGAAAAAUAAAAUAUUCUUUAAAAUAGAA